UUUAAAUGUAAUAAUCCUAAACACUCUUCAGAAUAAGUAUUGCAUCUUCUUUUUAACUAGAUCUGAUGGAUUGCAUAAUCUAAGGCUAAAACAAUAAAGGAGGAUUAUAUCUAGGUAAUCUAGACAGUGCUGGAAAUGGAUAUUUAUUAAAUCACUAUAAAAUUUGUUCCAUUUUAGCUGCAAUGAGUACUUAAGAAUAUAUAUAUGAUGGAAACAUCUCAUCUAUGGUAUCAAUCUAAGUCUAAUCACUAUUUAGUUCAUCAGAGUAGAUGAUGCUGAUUUUGUUAAUUUAAGCUAGUUUUUUUAAUAGGCCUUUGAUUUUAUAGAUUACCAUCGAUAAUUUACAAAUGUUCUUGUGCAUUGCUAUGCUGGAAUCUCAAGAUCAGCUACUAUUGUAAUUGCUUAUCUCAUGAAAACUUUUAAAAUGUCUUUGAUUUAGGCAUUUAAAUAUGUUCAAACACAAAGACCUAUUAUUAAUCCAAAUCCUGGUUUUAUGAAAUAACUCUAAUCAUUUGAAGCUUAGAUUUUUUGUUUUAAUUUUCUUAGACAUUCUUAAAUACUCUCAAAUGAAAUAACAACAUUCUAGAAUAGUUUAACAUUAAAUUAACAAAAGGAAUUUUUUAUUAAAAAUGCUCAAUCUCAAUAAUAUCCAAUUAAUUCUUCAUAAUUUUUUGGAGAAUUUUAGGAUUAGAAUCACAAAUAAUAAAAUUUUGAAAAAAAUAAUCAAAUGUAUUAUUUUAAUUAUAUAACUUUAAUUAGGAAUUCACAAUACCAAAUCGUUUCUCAUUAAUUCCUUCCAUAAAGCUAAUUUCAAAGGAUUUAAGUACGUCAGGGAUCAAAUAACCUUUAUUCCAAUUAGUAAAAUUUUGAAUUUAUAUAAAAUUGA